AUGCGGCUGUUUGCCUACGAAAACGCCAAGCUGUAUAAAGAGAAAACAAAGAAGUGGCAUGAUCAAAGAAUUAAGGAGCGGGUGUUUGAGAAGAACCAGAAGGUCUUGUUGUUUAAUUCCAGGUUGAAACUGUUUCCUGGCAAGCUAAAAUCCCGUUGGUCGGGUCCCUUCACAGUGACUGAAGUCUACCCUUUUGGAGCUGUUUUAGUUCGAGAAGAUCAGUCCAGGAGGGAGUUCAAAGUUAACGGGCAAAGGCUGAAGCACUACUGGGGUGGGGAGGUCGAUAGAGAAAAGACCUCUGUCAGUCUGAAGGAUGCUUGA